AUCGCCGCCAUAGAAAAUGAAUAAGAAGGAAAAGGGUACACCCUCGCCCCGUGACAUCCCUUCUGAAACCCUUCGCGUCGCCUUGGAUCGAUUGAUCGAGCGGAGAGGCUGCUCCAGCGACCGCUGCUCGAGAGACCAAGAAUUUAGGGACCGGGAAUCUGAUGUAGAAGUCUCCAGGAGGAAGGAUUAUUAUCUUGAUCGAUACCGUGAUGGGGACCGGGACAGGGACAGGAGCCAUGGGCGCGAUAUCCGGGAUAGAGUUAGGGAUAGGCAGAGGGACACCAAGAAGAGAGAUUCUUUAAAUGGGUACCAUCGUUCUCCCUUGAGCGCUAGCAAUUCGAGCGGUGGCGGUGGAAACAAGCAGAAGCGGAGCCGGCUCUUGGGGAGGUUGGUUGAUCGAGAGCCUGGGGAGCUGUCGAGUGGAAGUGGAUCCGAUGACCCCGAGGCUUCCGAGUCUCAGGUUUUAGAUAAUGGAAGUCAGGGCAAGGAAAAUGGGGCUUUGCCUUCGCCAAGCAGAAAGAGGAAGUUCUCACCAAUUGUGUGGGAUAGGGAUGAUAACAACCAAUCUAGUGUAGUGAGUUCCAGAAACAGAGAUGACACACGAGCACCUGCUCUUCCUCUACCACCUCCACUGGCUUGUGGAUAUGUCGCACCCAGUUCGAUUGAGACGGUUUGGCAGUCCAUGGAGCAGCAGGCACCAGUAGAUAUGAGGGUCUCCAUUGAUUCACCCCAUGAUCUGCAGUUGGAUAAUGAUCAUGAGCCUGGGCAGAUGGAGGAUGAGCAUGAGGAGUACACCACAGCAAGGAACAUCUCUACUUCACGAUGGGCAAAUGGGAACAAUGAGUUGGACGAUGAUGAAGCUGAAUUUUCUGAUGGAGCGGUUGAGCCCAAGAGGAGAAAAAAUACCCCUGUGGUCAAUACAGUGGACAAGAAAUUACAUAAGAAGGUGCCGAGUCCUGAGCCUGGAGAGGUUGUUGUGAGAGAAGGUUCUGAAGGGGCGGCAUCAAAAUCAUCUGCAUCUGGGGGAGACCAUGGGGAUGAGCAUCAUGGAGUUGAGGUGGAUAGGAAUGAUUAUAUGGAUGUUGACGUGGAGGAGGUUGAUGAGGAUACAUCUGGUCAUUUGUUAGAGACUGAUUCUGAGACAGAGGGUGUGAGGGAUGAAACCCCGGAACCGGUGCAACCUCCCCAAAGAUGUAUAGACAUGCUACAAGGGUGUAGAAGUGUUGAUGAGUUUGAGCGGCUGAACAAGAUUGAUGAAGGCACUUAUGGAGUUGUGUACAGAGCAAAGGAUAAGAAGACCGGUGAAGUAGUGGCAUUGAAGAAGGUAAAGAUGGAGAAGGAGCGAGAGGGCUUCCCGUUGACCUCCUUGAGGGAAAUUAACAUUUUGCUGUCGUUUCACCACCCUUCAAUUGUGGAUGUCAAGGAAGUUGUUGUAGGCAGCAGCCUUGAUAGUAUUUUCAUGGUUAUGGAGUACAUGGAGCAUGAUCUCAAAGGGCUGAUGGAAACAAUGAAGCAGCCAUUUAGCCAGAGUGAAGUUAAGUGCUUAAUGCUUCAGUUAUUGGAAGGUGUCAAGUACCUCCAUGAUAACUGGGUACUUCAUAGGGAUCUGAAGACGUCAAAUCUUCUUCUGAAUAAUCGUGGUGAGUUGAAAAUAUGUGACUUUGGUCUGGCUCGCCAGUAUGGGAGCCCAUUGAAGCCAUAUACUCAUUUGGUGGUGACUUUGUGGUACAGGGCACCAGAGCUUCUAUUAGGCGCAAAGGAAUAUUCAACUGCCAUUGACAUGUGGUCAUUGGGUUGCAUAAUGGCUGAACUUUUAGCUAAGGAACCAUUAUUCAAUGGAAAAACCGAGUUUGAUCAACUUGACAAGAUAUUUAGAACACUUGGCACACCAAAUGAGAAGAUAUGGCCUGGGUUUGCUAAAUUGCCUGGUGUCAAAGUGAACUUUGUGAAGCAGCCGUAUAAUAAGCUGCGGGAGAAGUUCCCACCUACAUCAUUUUCUGGUCGUCCAACCCUAUCUGAAGCCGGAUUUGACCUGCUAAACAAGCUGCUAACUUAUGAUCCAGAGAAGCGAAUAACAGCAGAUGCUGCCCUUAAACAUCCCUGGUUUAGUGAAGUUCCUUUACCAAAGUCAAAGGAAUUUAUGCCAACAUUCCCGGCUCAACAUGCACAAGACAGGCGGCUGCGAAGAAUUAUGAAGAGUCCUGAUCCAUUAGAGGAGCAAAGGAGGAAAGAGUUACAGCAAGGGGAAUUGGGGACUGGCAGCAUCUUUGGUUGACUGAGUCAACGUGUGGUUGCACUUGAAUGCUGAAAUGCUACUUGUGCUCCAUCAGGAAACACUAUACUAAUUUUUUUGAGGCAACUUGAUGAUUUGGGUUGGAGAUUAGAUACUUUCUUCUUUUCCUCCAUCAAACAAAUUCUGUUGCAGGAUUGUUUUGUUCCUCGGCAUCAAUGAUCAUAAAAAGUGCUUCAUUUAUGCAGCCUGCAUUGCAAGAGACAAAUGGUGUGAAGCGGAGGGGGCGUUCUUAGCUUUCAAUCCUGGAGAAAUGGUUUGAAAGAAUUCUAGUACAAAGUUUAAGCUAUGGCUUCUGCAAAAUAUGGAGCUUGAUGGCUCUGACAUGAAAGUAGUAUGCAUAGAAAUUUCCUAUGGUGCUUUAAUCUGCUUGUCUGUCAUGCUUCCCUGUGAUUCUGGAAAUGUGAUAAUAUAAGAUGCACAUGCAGGAGUCUUGAUCUAAUGGUCUGAUAAUUCUGCUUCCUGUUUCACUUAAGUUGUAAAUUAUGUUAAGAUGCUUAGAGUUUUGGUGGUAUUUGGGUUUUCUUGACAGUAAUAUUGGGAUGACACUGCUGUAUCAAAAACAUCUAACUGAAGGGCUACAGGAUUAUCAGGAUAGCCACUGAGAAAUACCUAAAAUCCAGUUUGCUUUUUUGAGAUAUUGAUAGCAGAUUUGUGAGAGCUUUUUCUUUACUUGAUUAGUUAUACAUUGGAGGAAUGCUUCUAUGUAGGUAUGUGUAUAAUAGUCUUAUUGAACAAGAGCCUUAUAGCAAAUGCAUGAUCCAGUUAGUGAGAUAUGCACAUCUGUGGUUAUCUUUCAGGUUCAGAUUUCGUGCACUACUAUGUCAGUUCAUGGCUGUGCUGAUCAAGCCUUUGGGAAGUCAUAUGUUGAUUCUCUCAAAAUAUUGAGAUCCUUGUUUCAUUAAUUAAAUUUUCUGUCAUCUUGAUCUGCAAAUUACUGAGAAUAGUUUUUUUAUUUUUUUGAAGUUUUUAGGUUAGAUUUCUUUUAUUUUUUGAUAUGUUAGCAUCCUUUUAUUAUUUUCUUGUCCAGAAAUUAAUAUCAUACAUGGAGAGCAUUAGGCUGCUAUAUCUUGUUAGAAACAUUGUUUCUGCUUUAGGCAUGAUUAGUUUCCUCACCGUAUUCUUGCCCACUAUGUGUGGUGGAAAGCAUGAAGCGGUGUUUUUGUGGCUAUAUAUGAGUAUUGCCCGGUGAUAUCUCUUAAAUUAAUAGAGAUUAUUUACAACCUAUGUGAUGCAUGUACAUUAUUUGUUUACCCCAAGUUGAUAGAUGAUCAGGUGAUGUCGUUGAAAGAAUUAAUAAAAUUCUUAGCGUAUGUUCAUAAAAUAAUAGAAACAUUGCAAGUGUAGAGAAUAUUCUAUGGAAUAAAAAGUUUACUUUAUCAAGGAAUACAUAUGCCACAAUAAGAGUUCUAUAUUUUGUAACUUGUUCAUUAUAUAUUGUGUGGGUGUGAAAAAAUAAAAUUGUAGAUAUUGGGUAAGCAAAUGCUGUAGUAAGGAACAAAGCUAAGACUGCCUAGAAGAAUGGAUUCUUUCAUAAUGUUAUGUUGUUAGAAAAGUUCAUUUUUGUUGGACUAGCUAGAAAUGAGUAGAUUAUGUUCAAAAACCCUCAGUCUAGUAGACAAUAUUAAUCAGUCAAUGCCAACCUUGCUGGUGACAUUUUUUAAUAAAGCCAUCUAUGGUAAAUGUUAUUGUAUUAUUUUCAAGCAUAAGUCUCUCUGUUGCAUGAAUUUUCUUCUUUUGGAACUAAUUAUAGCGGGGCAAUAAUGAUAAAAAUGCAUGAUACUUGAAUUAUAGUAUUUGAUGUUUUGAACUUAUUAUAAUAAGAAAAUAGUGAUUAAAAAAAAAAAAGACUUGUAAGGAUCCUCAUCAUACUGAGCAUGGGAUCUUCAUCGAUCUACAUGAAACACUGGUGAGAAACUUGUGUGUAUGAGAAUUAUAUAAACUCGUAAAUGUCGUAAAACUUCUGACUAAAUGCUUAAGAAGGACUCAUAAUUUUACUCUGCAGUUCUGAAAGAAGGGUACGGCAUUGUUAUGGGGAACACAUUUGAUUGUCACUGUACAGGACUGAUAACGGGGCUGAAUUGAACUGUAGUUGGGCUAGGCUGGGGUAGACAUGAUUUGGGUUAUAUACUUAGCCAAUCUGGAAUUUUAGGCCUUACUAGAUUUGGUGUGUGUGGUUGCACUAUGCUGAACCUUAAGCUUAUAAAUUUCUGUUAUAACCGCAAAAUGACUAUCUAGCCAGGUCCAAACUAUUUUUGACCAGCUAUAUGAAUCUCAUUCACCAAGCAUUCUUAUUUAGGGCCACCUUGAUGUUAUGUCAAACUUCUUAGGUUAUGUCUUCCUCUCCUUCUACACCUACCACGCAAAUUGAAUUACCAAUUGCUAGCUUAAUUAAUUCUAUAUUACUUGGUUGUUAAUAUGUGCAAUUCUUGUAGCUCAUUGUACUUUUUUCUUAGUUCAUCCUUUCUAGACAGAUCAUCCAUUCAUUUGAAGUUUUGAAUCUUCUUAUUUCUAUUAAAGUCAACAUGCUCUUGGACCCUUUUUAUUUACUGAUAUUUUGAGUUGUACAACAUACCAUGUUGCCGUUCUAUAGAAUUCCCUUUUAAAUCAACAAAUCAUACAUCAAUAAAAAAAUAUGACAAUAUUGUAAAAGCACUUCUUCACAUCAUCCAACCAGCACCUAUUCUAUUUUUCAUUAUUGAUGUCUCUAUAUUUUUAUAUAAUAUAACAAUACUGAUUAUAUGUAUUUUCUGUUGUCUACUAAUCAUAUGUACAAUAAACUUGCAUUCCUUAUGUUCUGUCUUUGUUAUGCUAAUUUAUAUGCCUUUUUUUUUAUAAAAUCUUUCACCCAUAAAUAGUGUUAUCAGGACAAGGCAAUAUUGGGGUUUUUGCUGUGUCCGAACAUGGAAUAAAACCAACGAUCAUGACUUGCAUGGUUCACACUGUAGACGAUGCAAUGUUUUGUUCCUAACCUUUGAAGGUUUAGUAAAAGAAAAACAAGGGAGGGAGAAAGGAGGGGGGGGUGACAGAGAAUGAAGGUUGAGAGUGUAGACAUGUCAGUGAGAAACCUGUUCCUCUCCAUCUCCAAUGCUUCCUCAUAGAUCAGAACUUUAAAGACUAGAUCCCCAUCUUGGGGCGGAAGGGAACAACUCAUCCAAGAGGUGACUGAUUUACCCUCCAUGAUGAUUUGAGCUAGCAUUUUGUGAGGUUUUGGGAUGAGACAUCAUAGAUUGUUAGGGCAGCAAAUGGCUCAGAUGAAACGGGGGCAUGCUUGACCCCGACGUGACCUCAUUUCAAGUACAGGUCUUAAUAUUGCAUUUGGAUUCAAAUGUAAUAGAUAAUCAGGUUGUGUCCGGUUGGGUCCAUGGAAGAUAUUUAGAUCCAUCCAAUCAUUUUGAUCUGAUUAGAGUUAUGUAUGCCCUGGACCCAAUGCAAAAUAUUUAGGUCUGGGGCUGGUGUAGGUUUACAUUUGCGUACUAACAAUAUUGCAUGAGGAAAAUUUUAUUCUUAUUUCUGAAUCAAACUGAAUUUUGAUUGUCAGAAAAUUGUUCGCUGACAUGGUCAAAACUCUAUGAAUUAAUAUUUAUCUAGAAUUGCAAUCUGCUUCAAGAGGUUAAUAAGCUCAACAGUUGGCCUUCCUUAAUGUAGUGAGCUUAGUUUGAGUGCUUUUCUUUUAAAGGAGGAGAAUGAGUGGGAAUAUUUUAUUUGGGUCAGGUUGAUAACUAAUAGGAAGAUCCAAAAUAGACCAAUAUAUUGUACGGCUAAUGUCAGGUCGGGUCAAAGUUUAUAAAAUCCAGAUCCAACCGAAAUGUGGAAUGGGUCUAAUAUUUGAACUCGACCCAUUCCGAUGGGUCUUCAAGAAUGGGUUGGGUCGGGUCUAACCAGCUCGGUUUGGGUCGAGUCAUUGGUCAAUCCGAUCUAUUUAUAUAGAUUGUCGACAUGGGAAGGAAGAAAAGAGAUCAUGGAGAGAUAGAGAGGAGGGAUUUAAUAGGGAAGCCAUUGAAUCCAAACCUUAGGUGCCCUUUUCUUGGUGCAGCAACCAAAGAAAAAAAGAAGUCCGCUUAGUGGGCAUACGCACCCAUGAGUACUCUCAAGGCAUCCACAUCUCAUGGAGGGUUAAAGGUGCUCUAUAUCUUCUACCCCUCUAGGGGCAUAAAUGAAGUCAUAGCCUGAUAGUUACAUCCCAAAGUCAUUACCUCUAAUCCAAAUAUUUUUGAGUUAAAAAAUUUCAAAUAUUACUAUAUAAUACAAUAUUAGCCGUGCCCUUCUAUCCAAAUCUUUUAAACUUUCCGUGUAGGAUUCCUUGAGAUACAUGGAUACUUGACACCCAUGUCCUUUCCUGUUAACAUUGGAUAAAUCCAAUUCAGUAUUUGGUCUUGUUUUUUUCAUCAAUUAAAACUAUGUCAUCUAUAAAGAACAUAUGGCACAACUUAUUUCUUUUCUCAUCAAUUAAAAUUAUGUCACGUACAGAGAGCAUAUGUCACAAUAUACUUUCCUGAAUAUCAGUAGUAAGUUCAACCUUGAUGCUUUCCUCUUGUUUGGUUCUUCUUCCUGUUGUUAUACUUUCCUGAAUAUCAGUAGUAAGUUCAACCUUGAUGCUUUGCUCUUGUUUGGUUCCUCACCCCACUCUUUGAUCUCUCCUUAUUCUCCCUAUAGUCCUCACCUUUUCAUUUCCCUUAUUUCACACCUUUUCUCUUUACUGCUUUUCUCGUCCUUGCACAAAUCUGGAUUAGUCCACUUAUUUCUUUGUUUGCAGUUGGCUUGUGCGCAAGCUUUGUGCUACCUCCUGCUCUUUUUGCCCCCAACUCCCAACGCCCCUUGCUGCUUUAAGCGGUCUCAAGCGAGCUUAAGUUGAGGUUAUGCUUCUUUUGAAAGGUUUGGCCCAGGACAGAUAGGCCCCCUUAGCUUGUCAUAAGAGUCCAUGCUAGUAAAUAGUGCUUGUCUACGGCAGGAGAAUAUUAGUAGUGACAAUUCUAUGCAGAACUUCAUGCUGGAAUCCAUAUAGAAAACUAGCACCAUUUGACUUGUAAAUGUCGGUCUAAAUAAUGUUUAGGGUUUCGUAGAAUUUUUCUACUUAACUAAUAUAUAGAUAUUAGUGAACAACAAUAUGUGGAAAACAGUAGGGGAAAAAAUACGAUAUCUUUUGAGCAAUAGUUAUGGUCUCUUAAUAACAUGGACAAGGUUUUGAAGGAACAUCCUCCAAGUUCAGAUUGGAACAAUUUUAGGAUCCGAAAAAGAGGGAAAUGGAUCUAGUUUCCUUCAAAAUUUCUUCGUACAACCUACAAAUGAAAUCUUGUGACUAGAAGAAAUGAAGUUUGAACCUUUGACUCCUUAAUCAAGCAACUUGGCCACAAUAAUGUUGAUGAAAAAAAUAAUAUUUAAUAGCUUGAUGUUUCUCCUAUAUUCAAAUUCCCAUGGAUUCCAGUUUUUUUUGCAAAGCUCAUUGAAGCACAGUCAGCUGCAAUUGCCCUUGGUGCAACUUUUGUUUGUAGAGAUGUUUAAGCUAGUACUUUUGAUCCUGUAAAUUUAGGAAGUGCAAUGCUCCUGGUUUGUAGCUCUCUCCAACUUUAAUUCAUGCAUUUAUUGUGAUUGGCCUUUCUGUACACUUCUCCCAUUUUAUGAACUACGAUAUGUAUUUUUUAGGACUUCAACAAUUGCACAUUUUUCUUCCCGUUAUAAUAUGUACAAAGGUUCAUUUUCAAUCAGGGAGUUAUAUUCUUAUUUGGAUGGAGAUUAGUUCCUGCAUUAUGCUCUCAGAUUAUCCUUCUUCCUUAUGUAGACUAGGUGAAUUGUUACUAUUUCAUUUUCAAAAUUAUUUUCAUUUUCUUCCUCAAUGCUUAUUGCUGUCCCAUUUUAGAAUGCUGUUACUUGGAAUCGGAUGAUCCAUCCAAAAAGGUUAUCCAUGAGUUUUGUGUUUGAUCUCUGAUAGAAGGGCCAAAAACUUGUUCUUACUAUCGAUUAUUGAAAAUGUCGGCUUUUAUUAUUAGUACUGCACAUACAAAAUCAAAUAAUUAACAGUAUAUUGUUUUGUAUGAAAGCACACAUUUUAUAAUGUAAUGUAGUAUUCAUCAGAACUCAUAUGUCCGAAGCUUUGUUUGUGGCACAUCGUCAUUCUUGAUUAUCUGUAUUUUGUUUUUGUUCUUAACAUUUUCUAACAUUUUGAAAAUUGUAAUAAUACUGAGUAUGUCCACAAGCUCCAUAAUGAUACAAAGAAUGUUUAUGAAUAAUAAUCAAAAUCACAAUUAGUUUUGGACAAGCACAUGUCAGAAAAUUAUCAAGGUUUUUCAAUCUAUGACUAGCUAUUUGCUAAUCAAAUAUUAAUUUUACAAAUCAGAGAGGCUUGUAAAAUACUGUCUCAUCCUGUUCUGGGAUUUACCGAAAGAAAAAUUAGUCAUGGAGGUGGCUCUUUCUUUGGUCUUCAGUUUAUGCAAGUUCAUGUAAACUGAGAAAUGCAGCUAUAUUCUAUCCUUUUGUUUAUGAACAAGUCUGACUGGUGAUUGUAGAAUAAGGGUGUUUAGGGUUUAGUCUAUUGAAAGUCUGAAGAGCACAAGGCUAAAAAUGGAGAUCAUGUAUCAGUACUAACAAGCAAGCAUGACAAGAGAACCUUCAUGAUGAAGUGGAAUGAUGUUCAAUCCAAAAAAAGAAAAAAGAAAAAGUAGGGGAAUGAUGUACCUUUUUGUUUCACGUACGCACACACCACUGCAAGAGUCAAAACAUGAAAUAGAUUAUCUACACUGCCGAUCUUGACCUGCAACCUCUAAACUAUUGAGGAGCUAAAAGUCCAUCCAGAAGAUCAUUUUCAUAUGCAACAAAUAAUCUGAAAAUAGAUGAAAAAGGUGCAAGUAGAUACUAUUAAGAGUCCCUUAUGUUGGCUGAUUAUUGAACACUAGGAUAAUAGAUGACUAAAAAAUGUUGGAGUUGAACAUCCAUGAAAUGAUUAGUUUCUAUUGGUAAUUACUUUACUAAAUUAUUUUGAAUGAAAAUUCCUAAAUUUGUUUUGAAUGAAAAUUCCUAAAUUGCUUCAAUGAGUCACGUUCAACACAUGUAAAGCAUAUACAUGGUGGCUAUAUUCCAAAUGAACUCCCUGUAAAGCACGAUUCUUGAAGAUGGAUUGCUAGGUGUAAUGUUGCCAACAAUUGAUGACAUCAUGGGCACGUGGGUCAGCAAAUUGACUGACUUUUUGUGUAGAAGUGGCUUGGUUCCAAAUGAACUCCCUUCAAAGCACUACGCUUGAAGAUGAAUUGUUGGGUGUAAUGCUGCAAAAAAUUGAUGGCAUCAUUUGCAUGCGAGUUAGCAAAUUGAUGGACUUCAUCGUGUAGAUUGCUCACACAAUUCUGUUUUGUAUUAGGUAUAGAUCUUGAUGGUUUAUUUUUGAAGAUUAAUUAUCCCUUUUUGUUGCUGAUAUAAAUUUUCAGGGUGCCACUAUUGUA